AUGUUCACUCUCGCCCGCGGGCAUACAAAUGAAGGCGAUCAGCUUAUUGACUUUAUGGAGAAUGGGGUUUUCGACGCGCUCGAGAAGUGUUACCUUCGCACGCUCACAAUCGCUAUAUACCUAGACGAUACCGAUCCGAACAACAUCGUCGAAUCAUACACUUUUAAGUUCGAGAAACUCAAAGUCGAUGAUCGUCAAGGGAAUUCCGUAGCGCCUGCACCCGAAGGCGCGCCGACCCUCGCAGAGGUUGGAGAGAUGUUGUCGGCGAUCCAAAAGAUGCUCACUUUUCAUAUUGGACUCCUGAAAGGCCUUCCCAGGCGCAAGUUCGCGACUUUCAAACUGGCGUAUUACGAUCACGUUCCCGAGGACUACGAGCCUCCUCAUUUCAGGCGUGGUGAUGAGGAGAAGGAUAGGUUCUUCUUCGCGACGCAUAGCCCGGUCGAAGUGCCAGAGAAAAUCAGCAUCGGCAAGUUCCAAACAUCCUGGCACGAUAUCGAUCUGAAGAUUGCGUCUGUGGCCAGCAUUCUCCCCUCCCCAGAUCCCGUAAACGCUUCACUCGUCAGUACGAUCGCCACCCGCAAAUGCCGUAAGCAGGGGCCAGCGCCUACCCCAGUCGAUGAGAUCGCUCGUCGCGUCCAUGAAAUUGAGCUACAACAGCGCGAUGCCGAAGAGAGACGCAGCAUAUGGGCAGCCGACGAUGACUUGACGGAUCGAGAUGCGGACGGAGAAGACGAUCCUGACUACAACGCGCCAACUCCGAGGGCAUCCCAGAGGCGGGAUACGUUAGCACUACUUGGUAUACGCAAAGACGACGGGACUAUCGAGCCUGUGGUCAUCAAGAAUCCGACAGGAGAGGAGAGUAUGGAUGCAGGCAAGUCUACAGGCGAAGCCCAAUUCAUGGGCGUGUCGGAGAGCGUUCCUCGCGAUGUCGAUUGUUUGAAUAUAAGGAAGGCUGCGCAGUCCUCGAAUAUGGAUGAGACGCAGCCCAUCUUCACUCAAACCGAAAUCGCGGAGUCAAGCAUCACGUCGUUACCUCCUUCCGGAAGUUUAUCUACCUCAGACACGUCUAGCCUUGGCAUCAAUACGCAAAUGUUGCAAAAACUAGUCCCAAGCGAGACGGAAACAGCUGUAGAGCUCGUGGACACGGAGAUGCUUGAUGCUGCGAGCCAAAUAUCUGACACUCUGAUGCAUGGAGAUGAUCUCGACUCCAUUGAAUCCUUCCAUAGCCCGAUGGCACGCAAGGCUGAAAGCGGCAAGAAGCACACACACGAUGGAAGCCAGACGAUCGAUUGCGACUGCGGUGUCAACCGAGAAGAUGCAGAUUGCAUAUUGUGCGAAGGUGAAUGUGGCCGAUGGUACCAUGCUUGGUGUGUGGGAUAUCAUAACGGAAAGGACAGGCGAAUUCCACAAUCGUUCAUCUGCUUCAACUGUCGUAUCCGGACCGACCCCAGAUGGCCCCUGUUGUCAGCUCCCGAAAUCUUGUCCCAGUUAACAGCCGACUACGCUGCGCUGGCUUCGUUCCGGAGGGCUCUCAAGAUCGCGGAAACGCAGAAACCUGACAACUGCGCCUCUUUCACGCGCAAAAAGGGGUGCCUCCCGGCUCUGGCAUCGCAGCUGUGGAACAGGCUCAAAGCAGAGGGUUUCGUCGCUCUGGUUGUCACGGAAAGGGACGAGUCUGGCUUGCUCGAGACCACGACCCUUGUAACUCGUGACGCUUCCAAACGUCGACAGAAAGGCAAGGCCAAACGUGCUAAGGGUCGUCAGGUCGGACACCGCCAGAAGUACGCAUUCGACGUGCGAAGCAAGAACAAGCAAGCAUACAAGGACUACUUUAACCCGGAUAAGAGCGUUGUAGAUCGCCUUCUCGGGAUCAAGGGACUGGCAAGUUGUGCGAUUGCUAGCGCCAAUAUCAGAGAUGACCCUAUCCAGGUUGACCAACGCAAGCAACGCAGCAAUGCCGCUCUUCAACAAUCGUCGUCUGGUGCGACUGUAGGGGACGAUGCUCAGGUUAUUCAGAGGGUCGAGAUGGAUACUCAAGAACACCGGGGCGUCGCACCGAACCGGUACGAAUCGCAGACGCAGGAGGAGUCCCAGCAAGAAAAUAUGACUUCGCCAAUGCGAGGAAUGAAGAGACAGCUUGCGUCGGAUCACGGCGCGACGAAGAAGAAGACAAAAAUAUCGGUCACCUCUGGUGUGGACUUCUCGACGUAA